AUGGGCUUCCUGUGCUUGGGUGCCUUUGUGGGCCAGUCCUAUGAGGUGCGGAUGCUGUGCAACCCCAAGCUGAGCGAUGCUACCCAGUGGGCCCAGCUGUUGAAGAGCGUGGUGCGUGUGGUUUUCCACGACCGGCGCCUGCAGUACACAGAGCAAGAGCAGCUGGAUGGGUGGAGAUGGAGCCGGCCAGGGGACCGCAUCCUGGACAUCGAUGUGCCACUGUCUGUGGGGCUGAUAGAACCCCAGGUGCUGCCCUCACAACUCAACACAGUGGAGUUUCAUUGGGACCUGACCAAGAGGACCUCCCUCUUCCUGCAGGUUCACUGCAUCAGCACCGAGUUCACUCCUCGGAAGAAAGGUGGGGAGAAAGGUGUCCCCUUCCGCCUCCAGAUUGACACUUUCAAGCCCAGCGACAAGGACCUUCCACCUGAGCACCUGCACUCAGCGGGGUGCCUCAUCAAGGUGUUCAAGCCCAAAGGAGCUGACCGCAAGCUGAAAACAGACCGGGAGAAGCUGGAGAAACAGCCCCUGCGGGAGAGACACCAGUACCAGGCACGGUGUUCGCCGAGGCUCUGCUCCUCCCCGCCGUUCGCCUUGAACACCUUGGGGGGCAGCCCCGCUGAGGAUCUGAACCCUGGAGCCUCCAUCCUAGAGACGCAGCAGUGGUUGCAUCGGCACCAGUUCUCCAGCUACUGCCGGGUGCUGGCCAACUUCACUGGCUUUUAUCAAGAGAUCUUUCUAGAUGAACUCAGUGCUGUUGAGCUGAUGGGGAAACUGGCUGAGCUCUUGGCCCUCCCGGCCAAUCAGAUCCACUACCUCUUUCACCAAGGCCCCGGGGGCGUCCUAAUUCUCCUCAGUGACCAGGUGGUUCAGAAUCUUAAGGAUGAAUCAUACUUUGUGGCUGUGGUGAAAAAAGUGCAGAAUCCAGAUGGCUACUACCUGGUUCUCACCUAG